CGGAAAGUUUAGGAAACCAUGGAAGAGGGAUUGGAUUCUCUCCCGUAAGACAGAGUGUUUUGAGGCGGGGGAUGGUUAGAUAGCGACCACCACGGCUUCGAGAUCGGCGGAGGAGUGGACUCCAAAAUCUCCCACCCUCGAUUUUUUGAUAGGACAACUAUGAAAAUCCGGACACUCUACUUUGCUCUAAAGCAAGGUAGAGGCCGGCUCCGGAUCCGCGGAAGAGUGUUAUAUUACAUGCAUGGAAGAAUAUCAUGUUUGUCUUGGUUGAUGAUGUGCUUCUAUUGCUUGAUGAGAAAGGUCUCAAAAGUCAAAAUCGUACAAAGGGGCACAUAAUAAGAAAGGAAAGAUCUCCCACAAGAUGGGCGGCUUGCUGCGCCUUGGAUUCUUAUCCGGAGACUGUGGAGUGGUCAAAGUCUUCCCCAAUUAAGAGCUUGCUUAUGUAUAAUAAACUAAUAAAGGGGGUAGGCGGCGAAGUCUUCUCUGGCAAGGCCGUCGGCGUCAAGAGUAAGUGUCAAAGAGGCUGCAAUGGUGCAUACUCUAGGUCAUCGGGAGAAGGUUAUGUCUGUCGUUUGGGACGUUAAGACUCACGGAACACAAGUACUCUUAUUUUUCUAUUAUAUUCUUAAAAAAAUUAAAAUAGAUUACAAAACAACAUAAAUUACUAAUUUUAGAUUUUUUAAUAAACUACAUACAUUUUCAGCAUCAUACAAUGCACUACUUUUUAAUUUUUAAUUCAUAAUAUU